AUGAAUGAAAUGUUGUCAUUUAACUUUUUAAAGGAGAAGGACAAUGCAGUGAGUCUGGUCCUUUAUCGCCAAGAGUUCAAAAAGAGGCUCCUAGACCAAGAUCAGGGAAUACAAAGUGUUGCUGAAUUAAAAAUUGCUGUCGCAGAAGCAUUGAAUUCUUCAAAAGACCUCAUAGAAAUAGUUGACAAGAGAACUUUAACACUCUACCAUGAUGACAUAGACUUUCCCAGCUUCCUAAAACAUGAAGAUGAUAUAAAUGUGAUUGAAAGAACAGAAACUCGAGAAAGUCAUUAUGAGCAAGUUGAAAACAACCAACCUGAGAUUGCUUCGGAUCAAGAAGAAUAUGACAACGAUGAAAAUGUUCUCUUUCUUGCGGACCGAGAUUGCACACACAUAACAAAUCCUGAUUUACUAUUCAAACACAUCCAUCAUGAAGUGUUAAUCGAGGAAAACACAAAGAUUACCUGCCUGAAAUGCGGAAUGGAAAUGAUGACGGAUAACGCACUUCAGAUGUGCAAUAUGUCAGAGGAUGAGACGUGUUUCUACAAAGAAAAAAUAAUCAGGAAUAGGGGUUUAGAGCACCAGCUGCUACAACUUGGUAUGCAGUGGAGUGUUAAGUCUGAAUAUGCUGACAACAUCAACAAAUCAUAAGCCAUAAAAAAUUGAAAGUAAAAACAAUGCCUUGCACACCUUGAAAUCGCUUAAUAUGACAUUGAGAAAAGGUUUAUAAAUACGUAUC